GUCCUUGAGUACAGCGCUUCACUCAUCGUCUCGAAAACAGCUGGUUCCAUGGAGGUGGUCUAUCAUGAACUAUCUGCGGGAAAAGAUACUAGUUUGUCUCAGGUUUUGUCGGAGUGGAGCAGAAGAUACGAAGAAAAGUAUUCCGCUUUACAGCGUCGGUUUUCUGGAUUAUGUAGCGGAGAAAACUACGGUAUUACGAACACAUCUAGACCAAGGUCUGGGGACAUAAGACAGCCGUCGUACAACGAACUUUUGGAAGAAAUACAGAGUGCAUUACAGCUGAAGGCAAAUCUUUCUGUUGAGUUAGAAGCACUGCAACAAAUUCGUUCGGAAUUAGAAGAUUCGGAAUGCAUGUCUGAAGUCCAUUUUCGCUUGGAACGAGCCACCGAAAAUAACCGUCGUCUGCAUGCAGCUUUACAGGCGGCGGAUGAACAGAUUACAGAGCUUGUACUUAGUAAAAGGUUGCUAGAAGCUCAGAUGAAUGAGUUGCGUAAUAGUCGGGAUGCAGAGCUUGUGGAAGCCAAAGAACGUGUUCGAGCAGCGGAACGUGCAGUUAUUGCUGCCACACGUAGCGUUAAUUCAUGCAAACCUGUGAGUGAAAAGGAUAAACAAACUCAUUCAAAAGAACCAGGGGUUCUUAGUCAACAGAAUGUUAUUUCAAAUCCAAGCCAACCUUUCAUGCCUUUAGCUUUCAAGAAACCUCUACAGAAUCAUUCUAGAAAUUACACAACAUUGACUGCCUUUUCUUAUGACGAUUUCGAUUCAUUGGAUGAAGACACAGAUGACGAAACUGACAAGCAUUUAUGCGAAAGGACGGCUGCUGUCGAUUUGGGCGAAAAUAAUCUAGAGCUCCCUGUAGGAAAUAAAGAAUCGAAUGUAGAGGCCGAAAAAGAAAUCUCCAUCCCUGCAAAUAAUGAUGCAAAUAUCCGACAUAAUCAAGAAUGUCCUAUGGAAUCAUCGAUGGAAGAUAAUGUUUUCUCCAAAGAUAUGGAUAAUGUAACUUCACCUAGUUCGCCUUCUUUCGUGGGAGAAGUAUUGGAUUCAGUGUCUCCAGCACUAUCUAGUACACCUAGAAAAUCAUUGCCAAAUGAAACUGUUGUUACUCCAUUCAGUUGUGCUAAUCUAUCCGAUUUAACAAAUGAUGUUUUAGGAUGGAAUAGUGAUUUGAAAGCCACACCAUACAUAAAACAAGAAGAAAAAGAAGUAAAUGAGGUCGUAUCAAAAGUGGAUUAUUUAAGAUUAUUGGAUGAAAUGGAGGAACUUCGUCAAGAACUAGAUUUACUACGUCAAAAUGCUCAACUUUCACAAUUAUCACAUAGUAAUAUUCCAAAACCAGUUAUAAACAAUAGCACGCAUUUAACUAGUGAUAACAAGCUUUACAAACCCGGUUUAACAACUCAAUUGUUGGAGUUAAAAGAUGAGUUGGUUUCAACUUCUAAUGAACCUUCUUCACAAAAACCAAGUAGUUUACUACCAACAUUACCUCCAGGAUCAACUCGGUUAUAUGACUGGUCUUUAAAUAAGAGUGAUUUACAACUAGAAAAUGAAAUGAGUGCAAAUAACUCCAGUGACUCUGAAACUAGUACUGAAAAACCUACUCCUGUUAAAACAUCUUUAUCUCCUUGUGAACAUUGCAUAGAGCUUCAAGCAAAAAUUAUGGCUUAUGAAGCUAUACAUGCAGCACAAGAAGAUUUCUGUACAGAAAAAAUUAUUGAACAAUCAAUAUUGAAUACAGAAGCUGGUACACAAUGCGAUGAGACCCUACAAGAAGCUGAUAAUACAACUGAAAAUUACAAGUUAUUGCAUAUAUCAAAUAAGGACAUAUUUACACAGACAGAUCCUGAGGUUAAAAAUGUAUUAUCACAUUCUGUCUAUUUACAAACUGAUCCCGAUCUAACAGUGAAUGGUGAGGAUCAAAUCAAAAAUUACACAGUUUGUCUAGAAUUUUAUCAUAAAAUGAUUUUGUCCAUAAUUGAUAUCAGUACAACAUUGAAACAUGAGUUAACUGCACGUAUCAAUGAUCAAUAUUCAUGGAUGAAUAAUAAUUUAUCAUUGAAUUGUGAUAUGAAAAAUAAUGAACAAGAAAGAAUGAAUGAAUUAAAAGUUCAACUUAAUGAUUACUUGAAUGAAUGUGAUCAUUUACUGGUUACCAAUGUUAUAUGCGAUACAAAAUAUUUAGAUCAUUUCCGAACAGAUUGCAAGUUUUUAACGUCUAUAUUUGGGCAGUUGUUGCCUGAAAUAGAUCGUCUUCUCUCGUUAUGUAAAAUUGGAUGUGAAAAACUAAUUGAAUCAACAGAUAUAUCAAAAUUAAAUCAACCUGAUGUUGAUAUUGAAAACUGUGAACUAGUUCGUAAUCUUCGUGAACAGUUACUUACUGCUCAUCAGUUGUUAACUGAGAAAUUACCUGUAGAUACAAAGAUUGCACUUUUGGAAACAUCUCAAAUUGUUGAAACAGAACGUAUUCAAUUGCAAGCUGAAAUGGAUCGUCGACUUUCAGAAUUUGAACGGAAUCAUACUGCAUCAUUAGUAGAGUUGGAGACAAAUCGACAUGAUCUGAUGCAACAACUUGAUGAAAUGGAAUUAAUUAAUCGUGAAUUAAAAAAUGAAAUAUUCUCAGUUCAACAAAAACUUCAAGCUAAAGAGAAAUUCCUCAAUGAGCAAAUAGAAGAAAGAGAAUUAGAACGAGAGGAAUUCCGUAUCGAAUUAAAUCGUCUUAAAAGUGAACUUGAAAUGAAAAAAUCACAGGUAAUGUCAUAUAAAUUAGUGGAUACUAGUGAUACAGAUUCUUGUACUACACCGUUGAAUAUAAAAGAAACAGGACAAAAUAACUUCGUACCUCAUUGGAUAUCUGAUUUAAAAAUGGAACAUUUAUGUCCAAAUGAUUCUAUCAAACCAAAUAUUCAAACAUCUGUACAAUCUAAAUCACGGGAUAUUGUAUCAUGGAGUAAACCUAGUGAUUCUGAUGAUGAUAUAUUAAGCGGAAAUAUAAACAAUCAAAUAACACAGAAUCAAUAUAAAUAUGUUGACCAACAAAAUGAUUGGCAACCUUAUACAGUUCCAACAAUCAAUAAGCAUAGUAAUUUCCUUGAUUCCGAGACAAAUAUAUCUGAAAAUUACGACAUUCAAAAUUAUUCAGAUGAGAUUGAUACCAAACAAGUAAAAGUAAUUAAUGAUUCUAAUGCUUAUAUACAACAGCAUCAAGUGAAUUUAUGUGAUGCUUGUACGCAGGUUGAAGUGACCAAGUUUGAUAAGUUUGUAGAAGCAACCAUUGAUUCUGUUGAUAUGGAGGUGCAGAUCGCUAUUGAUGAUGAGGUUAAAGACCUCGAAACAGUGAACUCACGUGAACAAUUAAAUUUAAUACCAUCAAAUCCUAACGAUAAUAUAAAUCAUUCGGAUAAUACCCGUUAUUCUAAUCAGCCUACUCGAACUACAAAAACAACAACUCGUUCUCGUACCUGGAAUACAACUUCAGCCGCUGCUGUACUUAGUCAUAUUGUUGUAAAAGAAGAGGAAGAAGAAUCAAUUGUGACUAUUGUAGAUGAAUCAAAUACACCUAACAAUAGUACAACCAAUAACAAUAAUCAAAAGUUUUAUCAAGAUCAAAUUGAAAAAUGUAAAUUGGAAAUUUCCAAUUUAAGAAAACAACUUGAUCGAAUAAAUACAUGCCAAAAAGAAAUGGAACAAACGAAACAAUCAUUGGAAUUUAUACAACAAAAGCAAGAUAAAGGUAUACAAACUAUGGUGUUUUGUCCAAAUCUGUCUAAUGAUGUCAGGUUAAAAACUUCACUAACUCAUCAUAUGUCAUCAUCUAUUCAUAGAAUGCAUCAUCGUUCCUUACCGGCUUUGUUCUCACCAUCAUUCUCUUCAAAUAAUGAAGACACUGGUGUAGAAAUGUCUCAAGGUCUUUUAGACUUAGAGAGUAUUGAAUCUAUAACUCCACCAACUGCAAAAUCACCAAUUAUUCAAGAUUUAAUUUUAAUGAAACAUGACAAAUGUUCUUCUCCCGAAGAUGAAAAUCUGCAGACUUUGAUGGGAUCUCCUAUUUCUGAUAAAGAUGAUGAAUUGGAAAAUGAAAUUCCAGAGAUAAUGCUUUCAUCAGAACAUCUGGAUGUUACUCCAAGUUCAUGUGUUUCAGAAAACGCUGGCUGUAAACUUCCUGAUUCCGUUGACUCUGAUCCUCAAACUAUAUGUGCUAUAUCCAACAGUAAUGUUGAAAAUCUAGGAGCUGUGGUUUCAUUGUCUGAGGUUUCAACGUUAAUUGAACAGCUUAUGGAAUCAGAAGUUCUUAUUAAAACACUACGUAAUGAAAUUAGUGGUCUUACAAAAUACCAAAUUGAAUUACAACGUGAUUAUGAUGCUGUACAUGAAAUGUUAGUGGAACGUCAAAAUGACCUUACUCGAGUAACAGACCAGCUGCUUGAAACAGAGAAUAAAUGUAAAAGUCUUAACAAUCCAAUGUCAGAGCGGAAAGAUGUUAUUUUAGAACGAGAUGAAGACCUGUUCCUUCUGAGUGAAGAUAAAAAAUCUUUGGAAUUAAAAGUUACUCAAUUAGAAUUGGAAAUUGAAGAAUUGAAAGCUCAAGUAAAAUAUAUUGACCGUGAUAAUCUAGUGUCUUCUGCAAUUGUACAAACGGAUUUGACGAGUUCGACAAAAAUGGUUCAAACGGAUGAUAUCCCUAUUUCACUUGAAAAUCAACCUUCUGUAUAUUCUGAUCCGAGUAAAGAUGUAAAACUGAAUAUUCUAUCCGAUCGUAAAAAUUUUCAUCCUAACAUUGAACAAGAACAUAUUCAUCAAAUAUGGGCAACAUCUACGCCUAAGGAAGAAGAGUCACCUAACUCAACAUUUUUAUCAGUGGAGAAUGAUGCACUUUCAGGAGCUGUCGCAGCUGAGCUCAAUACUUUAUCUAAUCGUUUAAGAGAAGAGAGUGUUCGACUUGCAACAGUGACUGCAAUUGCGACUGCUCGUCAAUCAGUUUGUGAUCGACCAGGAAGUAUUUUAAUUAAUAAAACAAAUGAUAAUGAAGAAACUACUAUAAAGGUAGAAUAUAAUGAAUGUGCCCCUUGGAUUAUUGAAAUUCGUAAUUCCUAUUUUGAUUUGAAAGAAGCAGUUAAUGAAGUGACCAAGAUUAUACAUAACAAUUCAUGGAUUAAUAAAGACCAGUCUACCUUCGAAGAUGGUGAAGAAACAAUGAGAAUGUUUAUGAAUCGACUUUUAGUUUCAUUAACUAAAGCUUUGGAUACCGAUGAGAAACUUUGGAUUUCAGUAAUCACUUCUUCGAUUAAUCAAACUUGUGAUAUACUUCGAAGUAGGACGUUAUCGGUUCCCAAUCCAGAAGUGCAAUUACCCACAGAGAAUAUUUUGUGCCAAAUUAUAAAACAUUUGACGGAACGAAUAUCAGCUUUUAUGCGUCGUGAAGAUGAGUUUCGUAAAUGUCUUAUUGAUGUUCUUCAUGUAGAAGAAGCUUCAUUUAAAUCUGAAUUGAAAACCCAUGUUAAUCGUUCUGAUGCUUUGGUAGGCGAAAUGAAUCGUUUGACUAAAGUUGUAAGUUCGUUAUCAGAAGAAUUGAAUAAUGCAAAUAAUCGAACUAAUGAAAUGCAAGGUCAAUUGUGUGAUUUACAAGUUGAUCUUGUUCAUACACAGCAUGAAUUACAAUUGAAGGAAGAUGAAGUUCAGCGUCAACGAACUAAUGUUGAACAGUUAAGAUUACAAUUAUGUAAAGAAAAUACACAAACAGAGAAAUUUCGUACGGAACUUGAAACAUUACAGUCAGCUAAGAUUCAAGCUGAAAAUGAAUUGUCAUCAUCAAAUAAUUUAAUUCAAGAAUUAAAAAUAUCAUUAACAAAUGAAAAGAAUCGAGCUCAGUCAUUAAAAAUUGAAUUGGAUCAAUUAUAUGACCAAAUUAGGAAGAACACUUAUCAAACUACACUAAUGCCAAAUAAUAUUAAUAAUAAUUAUGUUAUUGGUGAAAAUAUAACUACGGCUAAUGAAAAUAAAGCACCUAAUGAUUGUUCAUCAAAUCUUAAUCAACGUGUAUAUGAAGCGAUAAAUCUCGCCACAAUUCAUUUAGCAUCUACUCGACGUGAUACAAUUAAAUUACAAAAUCAAGUCAAAGAAUUACAGGCGACUGCUCAUGGUUUACGCUUAAAUCUCGCCGAAGCAGAACUUCGUCUCAUGCCUACUUUGACAUCUGUACUGCCAGGUACUUUUAAUCUUUCAGGUAUUAAUAAUACAUCACAAUGUUCCAUGAUAAAACAAUCAGCUACAAAGAAAAAAUCGCCUGUUUGUGGAGAUCAGUCAGAAUUGACAAGUGCCAAGUUUACUAAACUAAAAAAUGUUUGCGUAGAUUUACUAUCACGCGUUGCAGUAGAUGAACGUAAUGAUGAUUUACAAAAGGGUGAUGAUAAUGAUGAUCAUAAUUCUGAUUCACAUUCAUCAGACGAUGAUAGUAUUGGAGAGAAUAUUUUCAUUGGGUCUGGAAUCAUAAAUUCUUUAAAUCGUGAUGGUGGUUAUCGUCUAGAUGCUGAACGCGACGAAUCCUCAUUGAAUAAUGGUAAUAAUAACUGUGGCAUACUCAAUAAAGGAUCUUACAGAUCUAAUAAGGCAACUAACAGACGAUCUACUGAUACUCUAAAUAAUUCACUCCAGUCUACAUCUGACAGUCACGUGAAAACUAUAAAUAUGGCAAAUUCGAAUAAGAUAAAUAACUCUGUCCAAACUUUACCCAUUAUGACAACUAAUGUAAUGCCGUCUUCACCAAGUGUUCAUAUUAAUCAAACUGUGUCUAUGGAACAAAUAUCUAUGUGAUUUUUACUGUGGCAAUUAUCACUGAUAGUAAUUGAUCAAUGUAUUCAUUCUUCACUAAUUUUCGACUUAUUCUACAUAUAAUCUUGACUGUUAAAAUUCAAUGUACAUUGUUUCUAAUAAUAAUUCGAACAGAGAAAUACUGUAUCUUGUAAAUAAAGUAAUCAGUUCUAAUGGCAAUAGCUUUUGUCUAAUGUUCACUUGGUUUUUUUCAUUAACUCUUGAUAAUGUAAUAUGACAUUUUCCUCACAAUUUAUACCAGUAUAAUUUGCCUCAUGCCGUUACUUAAAUCACUAUUCAAAAACGUAUCUCAUUUCUACUUUUUCACUAUUUUUUUUUAGUAUUUCUCGCUAUACGUCCGUUUUCUUCGUGCUCAAAGCUAUCGUCGUUCACUAUCAUUCCAAAAACAUUAUUUACUUCUUCUUUUGGGUAAUUUUCAAUAUACAGAAAAUGUAGUGGUUGCAAUUCUUGGAUGUCCUGAAUCUCGAGUCACCUCACAAACAGAUCCUAAAAAUAGAUCUUCACAAGUGAACUUAAGCCCACUCCGAAAAUUUCGUACCAUAGGUCGUGUUUUCCAAGUUAUUCAUAGAAUGAAACUUUUAGUCAAUAAAUGGCGACGUUUAGAUAUACCUUCUAUGGAAUCAACUCCUAUUAAUAAUAAAAUUUUAUAUAUGCAUACAACAACUCCAACUUCAUAUUAUGCACCACCAUUCCAAAAUAGGUCAUUUAGUUCCACUUUAGAUCGUAACAACCGAAAUAAUCGAAUUAUUAACGGGUCUUUACGAACACCUUUGAAAGAAUUACAUGCGGAAGAAUCCAACAAUACAUAUUCAUCUGUACUGCAAAAUUCUUCUCUUUUCAAUGGAAAACAAUGUUUAUCAAAUUAUCCGGUUCAUACUCCUAGAUUGUCACAAAUUCAAACUUCACCCAGUGGUUACAGUUCAUUGUUGGAAAAUCAAACAAUCUCUACCGGUUCUUCACAUCGGCGGCAACCAUAUUCAUCAUUUAAUCUAUCAACAACAACAACAACGCCGACAACAGUUGCAAUCACUCGACAACUCCCUGUUACCUAUAUUCCAAUUAAUAAAUCAAAUUUUUCUUAUGAUCGUCCAUUCACUAGAAAUUAUCAUCAACAAUCUUCUUCAUCUUCAUCUAGUCUAUCUAUUGAGAAUCGACAUCGUGUUUCUUCAGUUUCCUCUUCCAUUUUUUGUCGAGUCGAUUCCAUUCAAACACAGACAUUACGAACUUCAAGUCAUAAUCAUCAUAGCAGAAAUCAAAUUAUCAGUACAAAUAAACGUCCUAGUUUUAGCUAAUUGAUUAGUUAUUCUUAUUAUUUGUUUUUGAAUGGAAUCCGUUGACAUACAAUCACUGUGUAUAUCCGAAUAUAAAUUAUAGGCAAGUUGUAUAAUAUAGUGGAUUUUAUUUUCAUUUUUAUGAUUUUUGAAAUUCUUCUAAUCUUCUCUCUUUGUUAUUUUACAAUCUUCAUCCAUCUGCUUAUUCGGUUGUUCAUUUAUUUGUUUUGAGAAUUUUUUCUUAAAGAAGUAAAUCUUAUUCUGUUCUCAGAUUAUGUUUUUUUCUAAGAUGAAAAUAUUACAUAUUACGUAAGUAUUAAUACUACUAUUAUUAUUAUCAUUAUACGUAUGAGUGAUGAUGAUACAACUAACGCGACGCAUUUAGUGUGUUCUCUUUUUAAGAAUUAAAUAAACAUCUAUCUAUUUUUCUGUGUACCAAUUGACCAUAUGAUUGUAUUUUGUUCAAUAAGUAAACUAUGUUUAUGAACAAAUUUACAGAACAUUAAGGUUAAACCGAUUAUGGGAAUAUCCCAUUAUUAUGAAUUUAUAUGUUAUUAUUAUUAUUAUUAUUAUGAAUAUUCAAUAAUUGAUACCGUUGUCAAUCUAACCAACGUUUUUGUAAAUUUUCAUUAUCGAACCUAAUACAUGAGAUUUUUAAGUGCUCUAUGUUAUUAAUCUGUUUUCCAGAUGUGUACAGUACUCGAUUUAUAUUAUCUAUCUGUGUAAACUAGUUCUUUGGUUAGUUAACUCUUCCUUUGUGUACAAAAUUUACUAUCUUUCAAUUGUAUAAGAAAUAUAUAACUAAAUCUGAGCAAACCAUGUUUUUGUUAAUAACUUAAAAAUUUCAAUGCAACUUAAUUUUAAAUACGUGAACUUAUCCUUGGUAAAUGAGUCACAUACACAGUCGUAUGGUAAUACAAAUUAGGUGGAUGUUCGCCGGUUUCAUUAAUUCCACUUAAUUUAACCAGAAUCGAUACAUGAAUUAUGGUUUUAGUUCUAAUCCAACUUCCUUGUAAAUAAUUAUUCGAAUAUAUACUUCUUUCCAUUGCAUAUUAAGCCUAAUAACUUUGUUUUGAAGACGCCAGUGAUACUACUGAUAAAAAUGUCCUAAAAUGAUCUAAUUAUUAGAUCGAUUUCAUCA